ACAAAUGUUCAUAAAUAUCAACAUAUAUGACAUAUACACACACACACACCAUAAAAAAAGCUUAAAUUGAUGGAUGAUGAAUAUUAGCCACAGAGUUUAUGGACAGGUUCUUGUUAACCUAAUCCAAACAUACUAUUAAAAGCAUUAAUUGAAAACUUCCCUUCCCUUCCCUUCCCAUCUUCCCUUACCAAGUUGCAAUUACAGAAUGAUUAAUUUCUAUGUUAUCUUUUCACCUACAUCUUUCCCCUUCCCUUACCAGCAUGCCAAUUGCCCCGGCCCUCUUCGGUUCAUGUUAAUCCCGUUGUCGUCUUUCCUUAAACAAAAACAAAAGAAAAAAAACUUAUUUUACUUGACAUUGUUUUCCACCUACAUUGUCAGCUCAUCGGAGCAGAAAUGACAUACUUUUGCAAAAUGACAGAGGAAAUGGAGGUGCAAAUCCUAGCAAGGCUGCCUCCCAAAUCCCUAAUGCGAUUCAAAUGUGUGUGUAAAUCAUGGCACGCUCUCCUCAAUAACCCCCAUUUUGUAGCCAAGCACCUUCACUUGUACAACAACCAACCUUCCUCGACUUGCAUCCUCUUCAAGCGUUCUGUCCUCAGCAGGACAGAACACAACAAGGAGGAGCUCGUAUUCACAUUCCUUAAUCUUCGCAACGACAACAAAAGCAAUGCUGAUCAUAACCUUAUCAAUUGUAACGUUGAGGACCUCCAUUUCCCACGUUCUAUGGGUUUAAAAAGUAGGGGCCAAUUCAUUGAGCUCCCUGGUUUGGAGCUUGGUGAAUCUGUCCACAUUGUAGGUCAUUGUGAUGGGUUGUUUUGUUUGUCUCUUUACACUGGAGAACUUGUUUUCUAUAAUCCAGCUAUCAAGGAGUUUAGGGUUCUUCCCCAAUCAUGCCUUGAAGAUGCCUUCUCAUGCACUUUGGGGUUUGGCUAUGAUCCCAAACGUAAAGAUUAUGUACUUCUCAGCAUUAUGUCUUAUGGGGAGGAAAUAUUGGAUGACGAGCGUCUCGUCAUCCAUCCUCCCCAAGCAGAAAUAUACACAUUGAGCACUAAUUCUUGGAGGGAGAUUGAGACUCAUUACUUGGAAACAGAAACGACCUACUUUUGGGGCAAUGAGACUUUCUCGACCUAUUUCAAUGGAGUGUUUUAUUGGUUGGGGUAUGAGGAGAAAAAGGAGUUUGUGUCUUUCUAUGACAGGCUUGAGGAGGAAAAGAAGCAAGUGAUCAUUUUGUUUGACACAUUUGAUGAAGUUUUUCACAAUAUGCCACUUCCGGAUUGUUUCUAUGAGUUUCCAACUCAUGAAAUGUCCCUUACGGUGUGGAACGAAUCCAUUGACACCAUUGCUCUUUUCGGGUUUUAUCGUUGCGAAUUUGAAACCUUUGAGGUUUGGGUGAUGGAUGAGUUUGAUGGGUGGACAAAACACUUAUCUGUUGUGCCCAAAGUGGAUCAGGAGGUGGAUAUACCAUUGGCACUUUGGAGGAGGAACGAGGUUCUUUUGGUUGACAGAGAUGGACGCAUAUUCAGCUACAACUUCCAUACCGAAAAUCUUAAGUUUUUCCCUGUUCAUGGUGUAUCCAGAGGAGAUUUUCAGGCUGUUGUUUGUGUUAAUAGUAUAGUUCCAGUCAAAUGA